CUUCCUCUUCUUCCUUAUCCUCUCCAUUAAUUCCCAAUCCCCCUCCUCUCUCUUUCACCUUCCAUGGCCGAAUCGCAGAGACGACCCUCCGGCACCGCCGCCCGGAAGCAGCAGCCAAGCCGCCUGCAGCGCCGGGCUCCAGCCUCCCUCCAAAUCAGCCGCUCCGAUUGGAAGGUCGCCAUCCCUCUCCUAUCGCCUCUCGUAUCGCCAUCGUCGCCGACAGAGAUCCAAAAUUGGACCGCCGAUUCAGGAUCGAUUUCUUCUUCUUCUUCUCAUCAUCAUCAUCAUCAUCAUAAAGAAUCGGAGCCGGAGAAGCCGCCAGUUUUUAAGAAAUGGCAGCAUCCGGCGGCGCCUUUUCAUUACGAUUCGGGUUCUAGGGCUCCCAGAGCAUUCGUACCCGUUUAGAUUUCUCUUCCUUUUUUCUUUUUUUCUUUUUCUUUUAAUAAACUCGACUUGGAUCUGUAAUCAGAAGAAUUGUAGUCUUUAGAUCUAACGGUCUCUUUUUGACGAGCUUAUGGAUUAGAUCUUAUGCUUAACACA